UCAAGGGCUGUUUAAUUCGUCUGCAGUGAGUUGACGGCACGCUGCCUCUUCGUCACUGUCAUCGUCUCCCGUCAGAGCGGAAGAAGUGAUGGCGGAGACGGACGACAUCGACAUAAUGAUGAAUUAUCACGGAGAUGUGUUCAAAAACGACAGAAAGACCUGCCGCUAUCCUUACUGCGUUGUGUGGACUCCAAUUCCUAUUCUCUCGUGGGUGCUGCCAUUCAUCGGUCAUAUGGGGAUAUGCACCUCUUCUGGAGUCAUUAGAGAUUUUGCAGGCUCUUACUUUGUGUCGGAGGACAGCAUGGGCUUUGGAAGACCAACAAAGUAUUGGAAGCUUGACGUGGACAAAGUGUGUGGCAACGGUGCUGUUACUUGGGACAAAGCGGUGCAUGAUGCAUCCGAGGAAUACAAAUGCAGGCCGCACAACUUGUGCUUAGAUAACUGCCAUUCCCACGUUGCCAUGGCUCUCAACCUCAUGCGCUAUGACAACAGCACCUCUUGGAACAUGGUCAACUUGUGUGUGCUGUCGCUCAUUCAUGGCAAAUAUGUAAGCUGGCCUGCGUUCCUCAAGACCUGGCUGCCCUUCGUCAUGCUCUGCGGAGUCUUCGCCAUGUUCGUCCUAACAUUCAACCUUCAGUAAUGCAGCACAACAGCAAACUCAUUUAGUCACAUUUCUUUGAUUUGCCUCUUGCUUCAUUG